ACAAAGGGGCUCCUCUGGGGUGGGUGGGGGUAGAUGAGAGUGGGGACUUGGAUCUGCCUGCCAGGCCAUCCUGGGCGCUGCAGGAAGCAACAUGACUUAGGUAACUGCCCAGAGGUCCCAGGCAUCUCCAAGGCCCUGGCCCUCUCCCCAGGUGCACCAGCCAUGAUGCAGCAGCUGCGAGUGGAGACAGAUAUCAUCGGGGCUGGCGAGGGGCCACAGCAGGCAGUGCCCUGGUCAGCCUGGGUCACAAGGCACGGCUGGGUGCGCUGGUGGGUGAGCCACAUGCCCCCGAGCUGGAUCCAGUGGUGGAGCACCUCGAACUGGCGGCAACCGCUGCAGCGCCUGCUGUGGGGUCUGGAGGGGAUACUCUACCUGCUGCUGGCACUGAUGUUGUGCCAUGCACUCUUCACCACUGGCUCCUACCUGCUGAGCUCCUUGUGGCCCGUCGUGGCCGCGGUGUGGCGCCACCUGCUACCGGCUCUCCUGCUGCUGGUGCUCAGUGCCCUGCCUGCCCUCCUCUUCACGGCCUCCUUCCUGCUGCUCUUCUCCACACUGCUGAGCCUCGUGGGCCUCCUCACCUCCAUGACUCACCCAGGCUACACUCAGGAUUUGGAUCAAUAGAAGGGCAACCCCAUCCCACUGCCUGUGUCUGUUGAGCCCUGGCCUAGGGCCUGAGACCCCAUGGGGAGAGGGAGGACAAUGGGAUCAGGGCCUCCUGCCUUGGCAGGCCCCAGACCCCCAAUCCCUAACAAGUAGACUGGCCUGACCCCAGACUCCUUCCUCAAGUCAAUGCUGAAGGUUCCUGGUGUGAGGGGCUGGGGGCUUUCAGAAGAGGGGGCAAGAAAGAUGGCUUAGCCAUUGGUGGAAAUUGCUUAGCCAGGGGCAGAGCUUGACCAAGCCACUGAUAGCGCCCAUAUGGAUGUGAUGAUACCCAUGGGGCCCCCUUGGCAACUGACAGCAUCUUUUUCUCACGCCACUCAGCUGUCUCAGCUUCAGACUCACUGAGAACUUCUACCUGGGUACCCCUGGCCUUGCCAUUCCUCCCACCAAUCCCCUCUUUCCACUUCCAGGAGAAACACAGACUCUAGAGAGGGUCCCAGUGACAAAAAUCUAUCAGGGAGAAGGCUGGCCAGAAGCCCCAGAAGACCUCAACUCACUUGCUCUCCAAACCUUGCAGCCCACGCAUCCUCCUCCCUACAUUUCCUACUUCCUGCCUCACUCCACAUCCCCAAGUCUGAGAAAUGGGCCAACUGGGGUCAGACAGCACCUACUCACUCUCUAAGAAUCCCAAGGUCUGUUACGGAAAAAUGAUCAAGAAGUCCCAUUUCACCCACUUACACAAUGUGCGGCCUUGGCCAAUUAAUUCAUUCGAGCCUCAAUGUUACGUGGGCCACUUCUGUCAUGGGGUUGUUGUGAGUCAAAGACAAUAUCUAUUUGUGAAGCAUUUUGUAAAAGCCAAAAACCUGUAAGAUGUUGUUUUGAGCUCUAAGAACAUUCUGCAGGCGCAUAAGAUCUUUUGACCCCAAAGACUGUUGAAGGAACAGGAAGCUUCUCUGGGCUUUCAGAUCAACUCUCUAUCCUGGAUAGAAUUUUGGCCCUAAAAUGGUAAACAAGAGGUUGGUUAAGUGUGGACAAGAUGUAAAAGGUCAUGUGCCAUGAAAUCUCAAAAUGUGCAGAUGUUGAACUAUUUUGAUUAUGAAAUGCUUGGGCCUGGGGCUGGGUGCCAGGAGAUGCUUGCACAGCUGUGUGAGUGGGGAAAGCACAGCCCCAGGGUUUCCAAAACUGACCCAGCAAGCCGCUCAGGCACCAGAAGGGCUUUGGAAAGGGCAAUCCUUUGAUGCCCUGAAUGCUGGCCAUUCGUUCACUUGCUGGCCCCUCCAACAAAACAUUGAGUGAUCGGUUAUUACCAAGUAAGGUACAUGAUAGAUAACUUUAUCCACACCUGAUCCCCACCCAAUCCCUGGCCAUCCCCAACUCCUGCCCAGUUCUGAUCCCUGCUUUAUAUAUAACCCUAAAAUCCUUGCUCUUGAAGCCCUAGACCCAAGGUCCCCCUCUUUUGCCCCAUAAAUACUCAGGGCCUUGGGGCUAGCCCCUAGAACCCUGGUUCAUUUUUGCCUUAGAGUUUUGCAACCCUCCAUGCCACUGAUUAGAUGCCUUCAGCAUCAGUGCCAAAACCCAAGGUCCAGUCCUUCCUUUCUAUUUCUUUGUAUUUUUCCCUGCAUUAUGGCCUGGUAGUGAGAGCGAGGUAGGACAUGGGACUGACAUGGUCUCAUGGUUAGAUGGGUUUUGGUGUAUGAGCUGAGGCUGGGCUUGAAUCCCAGCACUCUCACUUACUAGCUCUAUGCCCUUAGUGGAAAUUGCUAAACCUUCCUCAACUUCACUUUCCUCAUGGGUAAAACUAAGGCAAGAAUCCCUGUCUUAGGGCUCUGGCAUGUAAGUGAAGGACCUGGGACUGCUCCUAGCACCACAAAUUAUAGCUAUGCUGUGACCAUCCCAUUUUAGAGAUGAGAAGUCAGGCCCAGGAUAGCCAUUUGCCAGUGGGAAGGCCAGGCCAUCUGAAUCCUACCAGGCUACUCAAGGGAAGGUGAAGGGGGCAAAGGAAACACAAACAACCUAACUAACUGAAGACCCCAUGGCUUCUCAAGAGCUCCUAUCAGAGCUAAAGCCCAGGCCUAGGGAGGUCAUGAGUCAAACCAAUCUAGAUGUCUGGCAGGCUGAGGAUUCAGGAUCCCAUGUGGUGAGGGCAGAGACCAGGCUGCCUGGCCUAGAUCCAUCAUUGACUUGGCCAUGCAUUGCUAGCCAGGGACGUUGCUCUGGAGCCUUGGGUCCAUUCCAAUGAAGGGAGAGAGGAGUUUUGGGCCCUGACCAGUUGCACUGGUGGAUGGGAUGUGGGCAGCAGCAAGGAGAAGACCUUCUUCCUUUCCCCACAGACUAUAUACCUUUUACCCUCCUGCCCAGCUGGUAUGGGGUAAGGAGGUGCAGCCAGACUAGAGAGCAGAUGGGCAAUACUCAUCAAAUCAGAUCUACAUAUACCCUAGGACUCAAAACCCAAAAUUUUCACAGAGGUCCAUAAGGGCCUUGCUCCUCAAAAUGUAGUCCCAGAAUCAGCAACAUAGGCAUCACCUGGAAGCUGGUUGGAACUACAGUCUCAGGCCCUGCUCCAGACCAGCUGAAUCAGAGCCUGCAUUUUUUUUUUUUUUGAGACAGAGUCUUGCUCUGUUGUCCAGGCUGGAGUGCAGUGGUGCAAUCUUGGCUCACUGCGCUCCACCUCCCAGGUUCAAGCAAUUCUGCCUCAGCCUCCUGAGUAGCUGGGAUUAUAGGCACCUGCCACCGAGUCCGACUAAUUUUUGUAUUUUUAGUAGAGACGGGGUUUCACCAUGUUGGCCAGGCUGGUCUUGAAUCCCUGACCUCAGGUGAUCUGCCCACCACAGCCUCCCAAAGUGCUGGGAUUACAGGCAUGAGCCACCAUGCCUGGCCAAGAGCCUGCAUUUUAACAAGAUUCCCAGGUGAUACAUUGCACCCUGUUUGAGAAGCGAAGCAUAAAGUGGUAUUAUGAGAAUGCCUAUUGCACUGUUACUAGUGGGAGCAGGAUAGGUAAAGGGAAGGGUAAAACAAGGCAAAUGGGCCCAAGGGUAGUAAUUAGAAGGGGCAGAAGGUACAUGAACCAGUCUUAAAAUCUAAGCAUUGAAAAAGAAAUGGAAUGAGAAUACAAUUCCUCUUACACAAAUUUAAAAGCAUGUCAGCAAAACAAGACACUUUUUGGCAAGAACACAUAAAAACGAAAGAUAAACAGAAUGGAAUGGACAACUCUAGGGGCAGGCAAGUGGGAGUAGGGUAUAGAGAUAACAGGCAAUAAAGCUAGAGAGCUUACAGAGGUGAAACGUG